AUGUCUAGCAAAAAGAAGGUCCUUUUGAAGGUCAUCAUCUUGGGUGACAGCGGUGUCGGCAAGACGAGUCUGAUGAACCAAUAUGUCAACAAGAAGUUCAGCGCUAGCUACAAGGCCACAAUCGGGGCUGAUUUCCUGACGCGGGAAGUGAUGGUGGAUGACCGUCGGGUUACGAUGCAGCUCUGGGAUACGGCAGGCCAAGAACGGUUCCAGUCGCUCGGCGUGGCCUUCUACCGUGGAGCCGAUUGCUGCGUGUUGGUGUACGACGUCAACAACUCCAAAAGCUUCGACGCUCUCGACAGCUGGCGGGACGAGUUCUUGAUUCAAGCAUCCCCACGAGACCCGGAUAACUUCCCGUUCGUGGUGCUUGGAAACAAGAUCGAUGUGGAGGAGAGCAAAAGAGUGAUCUCAACUAAGAGGGCUAUGACCUUCUGCCAGUCCAAAGGAGGCAUCCCCUACUUUGAGACCAGCGCAAAGGAGGCGAUCAACGUAGAGCAGGCGUUCGAAGUUAUCGCAAGGAAUGCGCUGCUUCAAGAAGAGUCGGAGGAAUUCAGCGGGGACUUCCAGGACCCUAUCAACAUCCACAUCGAGAACGACCGGGACGGUUGCGCGUGCUGA